GGACGUCAUGUGAUUGAUGUGACCCUGAAAGACACGGUGACAUCAUCGCACGAGCGAUGAGACGGCGGGAGGGGUCCGAUGGCGGCCGACGCCGAGCGACAGCCGCUACAAAGCACGCCUCGUACAAACUACGCCCGCUGUUGGUACGGUGGCGCAAAGAUUGGUUCACUGUAUUAUAAAAUUGAAAGGGUUUUUGAAAAAAUAGGCUCAAGCCCAAUUCUAAUCCCUAACUGGACACAAGGGUAACUAGAUAGUGACUUUUGCCGUGUCAUUGUGAAUCAACUGUUAAAAUGUCUCCCAUUUAUUUCCCUUCUGUCUACUUUCAACAUGUGAAAGUACUUCAACUGUUUCACCAUUUAAAAAUAGAUUCAGGAUAUAGGAGUAUUUUAGAUCAAAAGUGACUCACCUACAGCUCAGCAGCCUUCCUGAGAAGUGUACUGCUUUAAGAUGGCUGCUGUUUCCUAACACCGCCGAGUCUUAAUUUCGCAUCUAGUUCUAAAUCAGACGUUACCACUCAUGUGGGCGUAGUUUGUGGCGGCUGUCGCUUGGCUCUGGGCUGCAGUCAGUCAGUGAGUCAGUCGGCACGGCACGGCACGGCACGGCGGUUCCGGUACCGGCUCGCCAGCGAGACAUCGGCGGCAAGAGAGCGACGAACCUCCGGCUGGGAAAAGGGGCACCUGGGCGGUGGGGGAAUCAGACGUGUUACCUUUCCUUUCUGUCGCAACUGCAAGCGCGAGAAUGCGGCGAGCCAACCUGGCCUCUUCUCUGCGUCUUCUCUUUGCCUGCAGUCGGCAACGUUUCCGUCGGAGCUCCCCCGUCCGGAAGUCCCGCCUCCACGCGUACCCGCUUCUUCUGCGCGACAUUUGAACACACGCACGCACGCACGGGAUGACGAGCAACGCAACAAACAGAGAAGGCGGACGGGCGGGAAUUUGCUGACCGCUCUGCAAGUCCAAAGAUCCGCUUCCGGCUCCCAAGCUCUCUUAACGAGCUGCUCGCGCUGCAUGCUAAGACAGGAUAGCAUCCGUUUAGCACUAGGCUAACAGCGAGCGAGCGACCGACCUUUCCUUGUUUUUGUUCGUCCCCUAGAUAGAGUUUGACCUAGUGUGGACGUUCGGGUCGAGCCUGUAGCCGGGUCGGACUGUGCUUGAAAUUCCAAACGUCACACCACGUCACUUCCGGGGUGGGAGCUCGUCCUUUUCAUGUUAAAAGCGCAGCAUUCAGCUGCUGCUAAAAUUCAAAAUAAAAAUAAUUGACAAUAAAUCAAUAAAAGGCCAAAUAUAAAUGACCACAAAUACAAAAUAUUAAGAUACAAAAAAAUAUAUGGAAAUAGCUAAAUAAAAGUAGGAAUAAAAAUGUAUGCAAAAUCAAAUAAAAAAUGUAAGAAUACAAAAAUAUAUUGAUUGAAAUAAAUAUUAAUAGAUAAAAGCGCUUUGCUCUUUAUUUGCCUAUUUCAUUGUCAGAACGACCAUGCAAGUGGAAAUGUUAUUCAAAUGAGGUGGCUUUUCUUAUGGGUUGAACUAUUCGCUUAUUGGUUAAUUAACAUUCACGUGCAGAAAUCUACUAGCCAUGCCUUCCAUUAAAGACGUGGAGACUUGCUGGUGGGUAUGACGAAGCCUGGUACGGCCAGACUCACUGCUGUUCCAGCUAUAUAUUCUCACAGUGUUUGGAAAAAUACAGUCUGGCCGUGCCAGGCAAGGUCUCUUGGUGUGAGUGAGUCCAAUGUCAGAGCAUGCUAUAAAGUGAGUUUGUAUGACCGUGGCAUAUUUUCAAAUGAAACCGUGGUUAUCCAUAUGGCAUGCUGCGAUCCACGGGUAUCAAAGCAAUUUGUAACUGCCCCAGUGUAGCUUAGCAGAAGUUACAACUAAGUUGGCAUGAAAGCAAACCAUAUUCCUGCUCGCCACGUAACGUUGUUUCGAGAGUUUCUGACUUCAUUCCACUGACAUUGCAACAUGAAAUGCUGGAGGAUUCCAGAGACCCCAGGAGCUCAUCCAAUUUCUGGGUUCAAAAUGAUGCAAGGACAUCUCUGGGCCCGAGGUACAUAGGUUCAAAGUAAGUGAAUGUCAUUAACUAAUUUGACUUGGACUAGAGUUUUAUUCAUUUAAAUGAGGAAUUAUUUAUGCUAAAAAAAGUAACAAGCCAAAUCAUGAAUUAGCCAUCAGUGUUAAACCAUUUUGUUUAUUCCAGUACUGUUUAAUCACUAGAAAUGACUUCUUCAGCUUUCAUGUCAUGCAACAUUUUAAAUUGCAGCUUGCAUUCCUGUUUUUUUCACGGAGGACUUCAUGUACGAGAAUCCAUGCGACGUGUGGAUCCACAGGGAAUUGCAAUCUGCACACUACAACUACAAACUGUUCGCCGUAGAAGAUAUUCUGUAGCCCGGAACUCUAGACGAGUCCGGCAACCGUCCCGCGGAUCAAAUUCCCAGGGCGGCGCGAGCCGCAUUAAACGGACAGCGGAGCGACCUAUCGGCCACGGGCGGACGUGACAUUGGGAACGCACAAGUCAACCAAUCAGGUCGCGUCCUGUUUUCCAAUGAGGGGAAAAAAAGUCCGAUGCAGCAAGCUGUUGCAUAAGCAGCACUACCUGGUCCAAGUUGUUGAAAGUAAGCAAGAUAAAAGCACCAGAUCUACUGUGGGUCUGUGGUGAAAGAAAGACUACGGUAAACAGGAACUCCCGAGUCUCCAUUCGUGAACAAGCCGGUAUAGUACCAAUAGGUGUGCUUCACAUCCCAUGAAGAUCAUUGUUACAAAUGAGGUGGAGCCGGCAUCCCAAGCAGAGAGCAAAGGCCAGCUAAAUGUGCCGCUCCUUGGAAGCAAAGCAAGUCGGUCUCCCUUUGUUACAGAAAAAGUGGAGGAAGAAAACUCCUCGUACCAUCAUCCACAAGGUGGAAUUCCUUUGACGACCAAUACUGGAAUGAGCUCAAUGCUCCGUGCGCUACUGUCUCACACUUCAAAGAGAAAGCAUACCCCUUCUUGCAUGAGUACCGCACCUCCGUGAAACCUCUGACUGUAGCACGGGACAUAUUUCAAGGCGAUUGUCCCUAUAUGGGACUUUGUUAGCACACUUGAAGUACUGACGAGGAAGACGAUGGCUCUGAAAGACAAGAUGACUGCAGGCCAUCCAGAUGUCAUAGUGUAGCUGUCCAAAGUUUCAACUGCGUGGGUUGAGAGAGGAAGCGGGUAGAGCAGCCGCCGACAGCAGAAUGUCGCUCCUAUAAUUGUCAAGACGCAGCGCGGGGCCCUGCCCGUACCUCUAACGCACCUGCCAGUGAAGGUUGAAAAUGAAGAUGAUGAUGCCAGGGAAAGGUUUGCCGCAGAUUGGGACCGUGGAGUCUAGAAAGGGAAUUUACCUUCAAAUAGGAGCGAACGCGCGGUCGGCCGGGCCAUGGCCCAGCCUCUGCUCAAGAGAACCUUCUCCCGGCUGCGCGGCAAGGACAGAUCUCGCCGGAAGACUGAGCCCGAAGAUGCGGCGGUCCGCCGAAGCGGUUCCCCUUCGCCGCCGAUGACGAGAAAGUCCCCCGAGGCGGAGCCCCCACCGCUCGGCCGCGUGACUAAGAGGCAGCGUUGGCAAGGACGGGAAUCUCCCGACGCGUGGCCAAACUCCGGCGCGGACGGAAACGGCUCGACGCGGGACGGGGUCGCCGAGGGCUCCUUCCGGAGCGACGGCUCGAACGGGACUCCCGUCCUCCGCCCUUCGACGCAGAGGUCGGCCCCGCGGCCGGCCGGCGACGAGCCGUCCGUCGCGCGGGCCUACCUGCAAAGCUUGGAUCGUAGCAGUCGCGCCUGGGUGCUGUCUUCCGGAAAGUCCGAGGCUUCGGACGAGGCCCGCGGGCGGCGGGAAAGCGGCGGUCACAUUUGGUACAACCCCAUCCCCGAGGAGGAGCGUCCGGCCGCGCGAGCUGGCAGCCGGAAGGAGUCUGGGCCGGGCCUAGCGGAGACCUCGGCCGAGAAAGACGGCGUUCCUUCGGAAGUCGUCGCCGCUGUCACCGAAGACCCCGACUCCCGGACCGCCGUCCCUAAGAGAGGCGGCGUGAUGGACAGACUGAGGUCACCCGGCACGGUGAGGAAACUCUCCCUGAAGAUGAAGAAACUUCCGGAACUCGGACGCAAACUCAGCCUGCGCUCGUCCCGCGUCGGGCAAGGGAGCGACGGAACGGGAGGCGCCGCAAAAACCGCUCCCGACCGCAACGUCAUAAGUAGAUAUCACCUGGAUAGCUCCGCCCCUCCCGCGGGGCGCUCGCCGAUAGGACGCGCCGCCAGUAAAGGAGGUUAUCUCAGCGACGGAGACUCUCCCGACAGGUCGCCCGGAGAUUCGGGCUCAUUCCCGCUGUACCGGGCUCCCGAAGCGUCGCGGCGCUGCCGGCGUACGACGGGUUUAUUGACCGUUCACCUUCUGGGCCUGGACCAGAUUCAGACAAAGCCGUCGGAUGCGGGCAAAGAGAUUUUUUUGGCGAUCCAGAUCGACGGAACGACACGAGCCAGGACUUCGCUCCUCAGCCUCCGAGGCGGCGGCGUUUCUUUGAACCACACUUUCCGCCUGGAGCUGGAGCGGGCGCGGCUGCUACGAGUGGUGGUGCUAACGCCAGCUCGCCCGGAGUCGGAUCGGCUGAAGAACACGGUUUGCUGCCUGGGGGGAGUCGCUAUCCCGCCGCUCUUUAAAGGAUCUCGCUGUCAGCAGUUGUGUGUGAAGUUGGAACCCGGAGGUCUCCUUUACAUCAAACUGUCACUGCGGGAAGAAUGGGACGCGCAGUUUGCCGGCAACUCGGCAGCCCCGUCAAAUGUGUUCGGGGUGGAACUGCGCCACCUGGUGGAGGAAGAAGGCUCCGUCUCUGCGGUUCCUUUGCUGAUCCAGAAGACUGUGGCGGAGAUUGAACGGCGAGGACUGAAGGCCGUGGGUCUGUACAGACUGUGCGGUUCCGCCGCGGUCAAGAAAGAGCUCAGGGAUCGCUUCGAAAGGGACAGUUCGGCCGUCCGCCUCGGAGAGGAUCUCUACCCCGACAUAAACGUCAUUACAGGAAUACUGAAAGACUACCUGCGCGAGCUCCCGUCGUCGCUCAUCACGGCCACUUUGUACGAGGCCGUUAAAGAAGCCAUGACACGACGACCCCCGCCCGUCCCGCCGGGGGAUCCUGACCCCCGCCUAGCCGAGAGCACCGUGGCGCUGCUGACUUGUCUGCCGGCAGCGGAGAGGGCCACUUUGACUUUACUGCUGGAGCACCUGAGUCUGGUGGCCCACUUCAGCUCUCGCAACAGGAUGACGCACCAGAAUCUGGCCGUCUGCUUCGGCCCGGUGCUCCUCAAGGCCCGGCGGGAAGGCCCGAGAGGGGGGAGGCCGGGAGAGGAUUGGCCCGGCGCCGUGGAUUUCAAGCGACACGUGGAGGCUUUGCACUACCUGCUGCGUUCGUGGCCCGUGCCCGUUGACCGAAUCCCGGCGGAGGAGGCGGCGGUGUCGCGACGAGGGAGGGACGGCGCGGGACGGCCGGACAGUCCGCCCCCCGUCAAUCGCUACGCCGGCGACUGGAGCGUCCGCGGGCGACAUUUUCCGUCGGGACGGGAAGCGGAUUACGACGAGGUGGAGGGGAGCGACCGAGGCGGCCAAGACGAGAAGAAAGAAGCGUGGUUUGACGGAGGAAGCGAAGCGCUCUACGCGGAAGAUUUGGACGCUCCGUUCAACUGUCGACUGAGCCUAAAGGACUUUGACCGCCUGAUCGGCGACCUGGACCGAGAGCUGGCCAAAGGCAUCAACAUCUGCACGUAGCGCAGCUACGUCCGCUCGGAUCGUUCGUCCGACGGGAAAGUGCACUGUUGACUUUUCGCCUCGUACGGAAAACAGAUGGAGAGUUUGGAUCCAUAUUUUGGUUCCGAUGAUCGAUGUCAACGGUACCUAGUUUGCCGCCGCCCAACGCUAUUGACGGCCGUUAUUUUGGUAACCGUUGAUGCGCCGACGCGAGCGCGCUCCCGUGUCUGGAUUUUGCACUACUUCAUAUCGCACUUGUUCUUAUAACCAAAGUAUUCACGGCUAGAAAAUAAAAGUCACGAUUUAUCCGGGAAGCCAGCCCAGUAAGUAAGCCUUUUCCGCUUCAGCUGUCAAAUACUGAAAGUCAAGAACAGCAGCAUUUCAACCACAUCAUAAACGCUUGAAUGAGGGAUGAAUUUUAACAGCUCAACCUCACCUGGACUAAUUGCGCAGCAGUUUCCGGCAUGAAAAACAAAACCUCGAUUGUUGCACAGUGUAAUCUUUAUUUUUCAUUUUCUUCCAAAACUUGUACACCCACUUCUGACGUGUCAGGUGGGUGAUGUAAAAAACCUCCUCGAUGGCUCACCCCUGUGAGAAGAACGAAUUGAUUUUGAUCCUUAGAAACAACAAUGGCACAUUUCCAGUCUUACUUUCCCACGUGAAUUUGAAAGUGGUUUUCUUUCACUUCGGGAGACAUCAGCGGCUCAAAGAAUCGAACUGUAACAAAAGGCCGUGCGCUCAGAAACAUUUUGAAGUCGGGGGGGAUCGCGAUCCGCUUGGGAAGAGGUCAACUCGCGCCAAACGUACCCGGUCCUCGUGUUCCGUCGGCGCCUUUUUGAGACGAGGGCGUCCGGACGGCGAGGAGAUGCCUCCAGUAGUCUUCGGGGAGUGACAACAAGCCGUAAAUGACCUGCCAAAGAGUAGGGACGUACGCGGGAGACGCCGGUUAAGCAAAAAGGGAAAAAGGCACCCGACCUUCGGCUGAGCGUUUGCGUCGCGCACGACGGUCGACGGCGACGGCUCGGCCAGUCCGUGUCCGACGAGCGUGGGUCCAAACACUCGCGAGAUAUUAUUCUUGUCCAUCUGACAGCGAGGACUUCGAAUCACCCUGAAAAAUGGGUAGUGGAGGGACGUGCGUCAAAAAACAAAUCUGCAUUCUUAACAUCUCUGCUUGAAAGUCUUUAUGGAUAAGAUGGACAAAGGACUUGUAGAAAUGCAGGACGAGGAAGGCCAGCGUGUCUCUGUUGGGCCCGGGAAGCUCCGCGACGGCUCGCAUCACGGCGGCGGAACUCUUCCGCUCGUCGCUCAUCUCUGGUGAGACGCGGCUCAGUUAGAACUUGCCGGCCGGCCGGCAGGCAGAAGAGAAGAGACUGCCGGCUGGCCGGCCGUACCCGCGGCGGCGGCAAAGUCGCCGUGGAGCUUGAAGGUAAGCAGAGGUUCUUUCAGCUUCCUGAGGAAAUCUUUCAGGAGGCCGCAAACCACGUGGAUGUCCGAAACGCUACUCAGCUGCAGCUGCGCUUUAGCGGCCAAGAAGCCGUCGCGCAACUCCUUUAUCUGACGCUCGCCGCCGGGGACUCUGUAAAGGCCGCGCUGGAAAAGAGACAAAACGUCGGGACCGACCGCGCGUCGGGUCGAGCGCCGCCGCCCAGCUCACCUCCUGUAAGCCCCGCCUCUCGAUCUCUUUCACGCACUGGACGACGAGCGCGGGGAUCCUAGGACGUUCGGCGGGAGCCAAACCCUCUAGCGAAGCUCGAUGAGCAGAGACUCGAAAACCGCCGCUCCCGUAUCGUCCGGAAGCCUCCGAAAGACCGGUACCGCCGACGACGGCGCACCUCGCGCCGCAUUGGACUUUGCACUCCGUGUGACAAACCACGCGGCAGUUUCUGCACUUGACCGCCACCUUGCCAAAGCGGAUUCUCUUCCCGCAAGGCGAGCACACCUCGGGCCGGAUCACCUGGCCGAGAACGAGAACGGGGGGUCGUGAACCGGACCGCGUUCGACCGGAAAAGUACCGUACCGUACAGUUUUGGAGAGAAAGACGUGAGUCUGACAUUUCUCCUUCUCCGCUCCGCCGUCAUCUGGAUCGCCGACAUCCAAUGUUCAGUGUAUUUGGCAAGAGGAACGCCACCUAUCUUACUGUAAGUUGACGAGGAUGUCGCCAAAUCAUUUUGCCCGCCGACCUCUGGCGUCUUUUGCCUCAGGCGUGUCCCGCAGAGUUCCGACCGCCGCGUGGCCGUGAUCUUCGGUCUCGGGGGUCGUGAAUUGUUCCUUGACAGCGGUCUCAUCAGUCUGGGAUGAAAAGACGUGCCGUCAGCGAGACUGAUGAAACCUGCUUUUCUUGCAUCACGAUCUGUGUUAAUUAUCCUACUUUAAAAAAUUUGUUUCAUUUACAAAUGACUUCUCCCAAAAAGUCAUUGAGCUAGUAACUCGGUUACCUCGUCAGAGCAAUUAGUUACUCAACAAAGUAACUGACCUUACUUUUCAUAUUCUACACGUUAUAUCUUUCACAUCAAAUGUUUUUUUUUUUACAACUGAUUUCUUCAUUCCAAAAAACAGGUCAGAUUUUUCUACAACUUUAACCAAUAUAAGAGUAACAGUAUACAAACUUGAAAAAUUUUGUUUUUCCUGUUGUCGUGAACCUGCACUGAACCUUGUGUGUAUGGUCACACCUCUUAUAUAUAUAUAUAUAUAUAUAAAAAGGUUAAUGGAUACAUCAUUCAAGAAAAGCUCAAGUGGCCAUUUUUGGUAAUUAAAAAAAAAGCAUCUGCAAGGACAAUGCCAUCCUGGUGGUGAUGAUAAUGCACCCUCAACAGAAUAUGUUCAAUAACUGUUACCCACCUGGACACAACAAACCGUACGUAAAAAGUUACCCGAGUGUGACACCCGCCAAGCUAAAUGCAAAUGCUAACGCGAACGCUACGCGCCACUCGGCCCACGAUCACCGCCCCCAGCCCCCUCUGCGCAGGCAGAUACAUGACAAAGUCAGACAACUUGCGCUUCAUUCAUCCACAUUGCAGUGACGGAGUCGCAAAGACCGGAAAAGUCAUUCACGAAGUUACUCAGUAGUGGGAAAAAAACGGCGUUAUUAACAACACCGAUGGCGGUUUAUUAUUUUUCCUCACCUUCUCCACAAUUUUUGGCUCCUGCGGCCAAGUGGAAACAAUCUGGUCCGUCUUCGUUACGGGCGCGGCAAGCGGCAGACCCAUCGACGACCGCUACAAAAGCAGCAAAAUGAUGGAAGUUGGGCUCGCACGGUGCUUUAGGGGAGAUGAUCCACCCCACGUUUGUUUUAAAUUUGGCGUCAGCCACCAGUGCGACAGAUGCCAAACAGUCUACGUCCGAGGCUCUGGAUCUUACCUUGGUCGUAGUUCACCUGUGUCAAAUCGUCUACAAUGGCCGUUUUGCCGUUGUCAUUCGAUUAGGGUAAACGAGACGACGCCUCGGAAAAGGCCGAGCGAGCGAAGGUCAGCUUACCCUCCUCUCUCGGGCUCGCGAGCGCAGAGGUUUCAUCGACGUCGCGUCCGAGCACUGAAAGCGGCGAGUUAAGCUAGCCACCUCCGAGUCCGCCGCCACAUCGUCGUCCGUGCGAUCGUAGCUGAUGUCGGAGUGCCAACAGAAGGAUGACUCGUCGAUGGCGGACAACCUAAAGACGCCGCGUCGGUUAAACGUCGCCUCCUCGGGCGGUCUCGGGCGUCCGUCGGCUUUUACCGUUUGCCGCUGCGGCGCAAAGACUUAUUUGCGCCUUUGUGUUCAAAUGCGGCCAAGAGGGAUUUCUGCUCUGCGUUCAAACACGCGCCGGACUUGCUGUCGUGAACGAGGAUGUCGCACAUGAGUUGCAUCUGCUUCUGCUGCGGAGAGCCGCGCGGCCGGCCGUUAGUCUUCCGAACGCGCUCGUUCCCCCGGGCCGGCGAUCGAUCGAUGGGCGGACUUACCAGGUACUGAUAGUCGUUUUCCACCUUGCAGCGUUUCCUCAUCUCCACAUCCAGCUGGUUGCGGGCAUGCUUGAGUUUGACCUCCAGCGCCGCUUUGGCCACGUCCGACUUGACCAGCAACUCCUUGUACUUUUUGAGCUCCGUCUCGGCGUGCAGCCAACGCUUCCUGACGCUCUCAAAGUUUUUGGCCACCUCGAUAAACUCUGAAACGAUACGAUCGGUCUGUCCGCGUCAGCGGGAACGACCGCAUUCGGUCACCGAUUCUUAUUCGCUCACCCAGCUCGGCGUUUGUGGCGUUUUCAAACGCGGAGAUUCUCUGGACAAAGAGCGCUACGAGCUCCUCCGUGAUGAGUCGAGAUGCCGCCAUUACAGCCUCAUUUAGUUCUGUCCACUCACUUCUUGACUUGAACACAAAGAUUUCAGACACGUUUUGGUAUUUAUAACUCGGUCGAACAAGUUUUACAAAGUAAAACUGACAUCAUCUCAUUGCGUUGACCUUUUGAAAAAAAUGUCGUCGUCAGAUUUGUAUCUGUUGAUUGAACUUGGAUUCAUCAGUCAUCGGUUAAAAGUAGCAGAGGAAAAAGGCGGGAAUGUAGAGCUCACAGUUAUUCAUUGUGCUGACUUUUUGACCAAUUUCCAGUUUUGAAUUGAACUAAACUUGGUGCCACUAUAGUUCUCUAUCAUGUUCAAUAAACAUUUAUUUUUGUUUUCUUCGGCACUUUUUCCACUCGCCAUUUAUUUU